GUCAGUGUGAGUCCGUGCUCUAGUCCACAAUUCCCCAAACCCUCGACCCCUGCGGCGGCCACUGACGAAGACGGCCGCUUUCCCCUCCGCUCGGCCGCCCGGCUGCUCACCGCCAGCGCUCUUGCAGACGGCGAUGUCGUCUUCGGAGCUGCGCCCGCUUCCUGCCGCCUUCUUCUCCGGCGACCUGCCCGCGGACGCGCUGUACGAGGUCCUCCUCCGCAUCCCGGCCAAGGAGCUCUGCCGCCUCCGCGCCGUCUGCCCGGCCUGGCGCGCCCUCACCUCCAACCCGCUCUUCGUCGCGGCGCACAAGUCCCGCCACCGCAAGGCGCCUCCGCUCCUCGCCGUGGCCUACGGCGACGACGGUAAUCACAACGGUGUUGAGAUUUUGGAUCUGUUGGGCAACGUGGUGAAGCGGAUUCCGAACACCAAGUACAAAUCUGAUCUGAUGUUCGAUCGCAUCCGUGUUGUGCGCACGCGGCUAGACCUCAUCUGUUUGAGCUGGGUUGUCUGCUCUCGGGCCUUCUGGGUGCUGAACCCCGCCACUGGAGCUACUACCGCCUUGCCGUUGGGCUUCUCAGAGGAAUUGGAGCAUGAGCUAGAAGGGAAAAGGUUCUGCCAUUUUGAGUCCUGUGCUUUUGGGCAUGUCUCCUCUACCAGAGAGUACAAGGCGCUCCGUGUCUCUAGAGUUGAUGACCGGCAGGUAAGUGAGGUUAUCACCUUUGAUGACACCAACCAUGGAUGCUGGAGGAGAAAGCAGGACCCUCCACCCCAUAUCUGUGCCCGUCGCCAGAUGAGACUUGAUGGGGUGAUCUACUUCUUGAUGGAUUUUUACCCCACAUACUGUAAUACUGGGGUUUUAAUCACUGAGCCUGGUAGCAUAGCUUCGUUCAACCUUGAGACAGAGGAGUGGGGUGUUCUACCUGGUCCAGAACAGGUACAGAGGUUUGUGCAAGAGAAUGAUGAUUACGGUUACGCAGAACUUGACCUCCAGUUAUCAUUGGCUGAGUUGGACGGCUGCUUAGUUAUGGUUCAGAAUAUUCAUUACGAAUCUAUGGACUUGUGGUUUUUGACAGAUUCUGAGAAAGGUAUCUGGGUUAAGAAAUACAGCUUGCCUUCACAUGUUGCUGAGCUUAAUAGGUAUCCUUUUCUGAUGUUAGAUGAUGGGACAAUUUUCUUCAGUGGGUCGAAUGGUUUACAAGGUUUAUUCAGUGCUGGAGAGCAAGGAGACGGAUUUCUGCUAAGUUAUGAUCCAAGAAACGACACUUAUGGUUAUGCACUAAAACUGAGAGGUUCCCAAUCCAUUGGCAUUUACACAGGAAGCCUGCUGAGUUUAUAGAGUAGCUGUUCACCUUAUGUUCUAAAUGUGAACAGUUAAUGAGACAAUGUUCUGAUGCGUGCGUCGAUGAAAACAUAAGUGUGCCUUCAAAGUAUAUUAUGUUCAUCUCUGAUACAUUUUGCAUGAGAAGAUUUGUAGUUUUUUGUUCGUUCCAUUUUGUAUGGCAUUGUCUGGAGUUUGGUCAAUGUGUUACCAAACAAGCUUCUGAAUGUGGUGUUUCAAAAUAUAUUAUGUUGCUCCUAGCUGCAGGAAUGCAUAAUUUGUUCC